AUGCCAGGUGCAAAGAUCAGUGAGACUGCAAAACACCUUGCUGAGCUUGUGGGCACUGGUGUGCCGAACUUAGCAAAUGAAGAAAGGUCCGACGCCACCAAGAUUGUGGUUGCCAUUGCUGUUGAACUUGGUGCAGUGCCUUGCGAACGCGUUGUCUCCUAUGCGAAGUCGGCCUGGGCAGACGCACAGGGAUCUCAAAGUGCAGUAGCACGCUGCAGUGUUGUGAAGCGGGUAGCUACAAUCAAUCAGCAUGCGGAAGAACAUAUUCAUCCAAUUAUGGCUGAGUUUGGGUUAUCGUUGCCAAUUCCGAUCACAAUCAUUAGUGGCAAUCUCUUUGCUGAGGGAAUUCCACGGUUGAAGCCCAUAGACUUUCUGCAUUACAUGAGCGAGACUGGGAACUUGUACCGCUUGCUGGGUGGGACCUCCUUGGACAAAUCUGCUGCCAAGUUUACCAAAUUUUGGGGCAAUUUCCAGAAGAUUCACCCAGACUUUGAGCUCUUCUCAGCGGACACCCCCAAAGAAGUGCAGUGGUCUGAUUGUAUCCCAAUAUACUGCCAUGCUGAUGGUGGUCGGGGCUUUAAAAAGUCCGAGUAUAUGGUGUUCAAUUGGUCUUCAGCUUUGGGGAACGGCACUGGUAGAGCAAAUCGCAAAGAUCCAGACAUCAGAAGAUUUCGAAAACCAUCAUCCAAGAUGCAGGUGAACUUGCUGGGCCACUCCUACGCUACACAUUUCCUUUGGGGUACCCUCUCCCAAAAACUGCACAAAGACAAUGAGGAUUGCUUUCAAGAAAUGCUUCUUCAAUUUGGUGCUGAUUUGAGGGAGUGCUUCGAUACUGGAAUAGUUGUCAAUGGUCGCCGGUUGCGAUUGGUAUGUCUUGGGAUGAAAGGGGAUUUGAAGCUACAGGCCCGGGCUGGCAAAAUGACGAGGUGGUAUUCAACUACAAGGAAGGGUCCGAUCAAUGAGAAAAACACCAAACAAACCAAAGGUUUGUGCUGCUGGUUGUGCCCAGCAGGUGAUGUUAAGUACCCGUUUGAGGAACUGCAUACUGAGGAGCCGGCCUGGAAAAAGGCCAUGGAAACCUUCACCGAGCCACCUUGGAACACGGAUGAUGAGCCUCCUAUAGUGUCAUUUUGCCACCGGUAUCUGGACAGACCAGGGCGGUUUUUCUUACCUGACCUCUUCCACAUCUACUUAGCUGGCUUUGGUCAAGAUUUUGCUGGGUCAUGCUUAGUCUACAUGCUUCCUGUCACAUUCAAGUCUCCUCUUGGGGAUGGUGUGGAGGCGCAGCUGGACACCUUGAAUCGGUCCUUUAAGCUUUGGAGAAAAAUGUUCAAAGUGUACACUCACACUGGCUCGUUCAACCGAAAUUUGCUGGGAUUUCCUGACGCUACAAAGGUAUUUCCUACCGGAACUUGGAGCAAAGCAUCGGAUACAUCGAAAAUCAUUGCAUUUAUUCAAUACAUUGCCGAACUUUUUCUUGAGGACAAUGGUGCUGCGAGUGACAAGAUUCUACACUACAUUCAUGUGGCUAGCACUGCCAUUGGAGUGUGCAUGAAAACACUCUACGAAGCAGAUUUAUGGAUCGAUUCUUGGUUUCCAAUCAUAUUUCAAAAUUUGGGUUUGGCUUUUUCCAUGGGCGGACAGUCGCUUACACCUCCAAACGUUUAUCACUUACAACUCGACAUGGUUGUCGCUUGUAACUCCAAAUAG